CAUAGCUAUGAUUAAUCUGAGGGAGCAGCUGAAAUAUUGAUAAGGGGGAAAACGGAAAUCAAAUGAAAAGUAGAGGGCAUAGAAGAGAGGGAAAGGAAAGCACGUCCUGGAGCUGCGAGCAUUACAGAAGCCCCCUGAGGAAAUGCCUGGUUGAUGCAGCCUGUCUGGAUGGGCUGGGAAUUUUAACUUCAGCGCUGCUUUGGAUCUAACAAGUUUAAUCUCUCUUCUUUGCAAAACUGCAGCAGCAGGGUAGUAAUCCAGAACUGGUGGGGAGUUUUAUUUUUGGUCUCAACCUGGAUCUUUACAAACUGCUCUGCCACUGGUUGAGGGGAAAGGGUAUAAAAGGUCAAUUUUAGGACCUUUUAAUAUAUCUAUUAAACAAGUAAGGAUGUUUCAGACUGUACCAGACACUUCGUCUUACGUCAAGGUAAGACAUGACAGCAUCUUUAAACAGGAGGCUCUGUCGGUGGUAAGCGACGACCAGUCCCUCUUUGACUCCACGUACGGCGCUGCCACUCACCUUCCCAAGGCAGAUAUGACAGCCUCAGGGAACCCUGACUAUGGCCAGCCGCACAAAAUCAACCCAUUGCCUCCUCAGCAGGAGUGGAUUAAUCAGCCCGUCCGGGUCAAUGUAAAAAGGGAAUAUGACCACAUGAAUGGAUCAAGGGAGUCCCCCGUAGACUGUAGUGUGAACAAAUGCAGCAAACUCGUCGGAGCAGGGACAGAGUCCAACCCAAUGAGUUACAGCACCUACAUGGACGAGAAGAACGGGCCUCCUCCCAACAUGACCACCAAUGAGAGGAGAGUCAUUGUCCCAGCAGAUCCCACCCUCUGGACCCAGGAACACGUGCGCCAGUGGCUGGAAUGGGCUAUAAAGGAGUAUGGAUUAAUGGAGAUUGACACCACCAUCUUCCAGAAUAUGGAUGGCAAGGAGCUCUGCAAAAUGAACAAGGAUGACUUCCUCCGAACCACCUCCCUCUACAACACAGAAGUUCUGUUGUCUCACCUCAGUUACCUCAGGGAAAGUAGCUCACUGCUGGUCUACAAUACUCCAUCCCACACAGAAGCUUCCUCACGUCUUGCCACCAAAGAAGAUCCUUCCUAUGAUGCAGUCAGGAGAACAGGAUGGGGCAGUAAUACGAAUUCUGGCCUCACCAAAAGCCCUCCUGUUGCAGGGACACAAAAUGUGAAUAAGACAACAGAACAGCAACGGCCCCAGCCAGAUCCCUAUCAAAUCCUGGGGCCCACUAGUAGCCGUCUUGCCAAUCCAGGGAGCGGGCAGAUCCAACUGUGGCAGUUCCUCCUCGAGUUGCUGUCGGACAGUUCCAACGCCAGCUGUAUCACGUGGGAAGGGACCAAUGGGGAAUUCAAGAUGACGGACCCUGAUGAAGUGGCACGGCGCUGGGGAGAACGCAAAAGCAAGCCCAACAUGAAUUACGACAAGCUGAGCCGGGCCCUCCGAUACUACUAUGAUAAGAACAUUAUGACCAAAGUGCAUGGCAAAAGAUAUGCCUACAAAUUUGACUUUCAUGGCAUUGCCCAGGCUCUUCAGCCUCAUCCCACUGAAUCGCCAAUGUACAAGUACCCAUCAGAUCUCUCCUACAUGCCGUCUUACCAUGCCCAUCAGCAGAAGGUGAACUUUGUACCCCCACACCCUUCUUCUAUGCCUGUCACAUCAUCCAGUUUCUUUGGAGCAGCCUCACCUUAUUGGACCUCCCCUGCAGGAAGCAUUUAUCCAAACCCCAACGUCCCUCGCCAUCCCAACGCCCAUGUAUCACCACAUUUGGGCAGCUAUUACUAGAUGCUUUUAUCUUCAAGUGGCCUUUAUCAGUCUGGUUGGACUUUUUCUUUACUUCUAGGAUUUUUAUGUUUUUUUGGGGGACCCUUAAUGGAUAAUUGUGGCCUUUCUGGGGAAGAAUUAAAACUGGAUAUUGGUUAUUCCUGGAUCAAAUCUUUUACUUUUGUAACUUUGCCUCUUGUGUCUUGAACUGAGAGAUGGAUGCUUCUUUGGGCCAGUACUCUGCAUUUUCUUUGGGUUUCAAUGCUUAUGUCCUCUGUAGGAAUUGACUAUGAGGAUUGCUCACCAUUACGUGGAAUGAUUAUUAGCUUUUUGAUGAGAGAAAUUUUUAAGAAAUCAAAGGCUUUUGACAAGACAUAGAUCCAACUGUGGGUCGUAGGAAAAGAUGACUACAUGGGUUUUUUUCUCACUGUGGAGAGGGUAGGCAAUUUGACCAUUAAGUGGAGGACACUGGGCUGCAGGGGACUGCAACUGGAAUCUUAGCUUUAAGGCAGAUGAGGAUUUUCACCCAACUGGAAAUUAAAUAUAUAUAUAUAUAUAUUCAAAUAUAUAUAUAUAUGUACAUGUAUAUUUUAAGAAGUAAAGGGCAUUGAAGGAACUUUUCUAGAGUGUACAACUUCAUUAGACUGUGUAUUAACUCCAGAAACAUCAGAAACCAGAGCAAAAAGUAACCUAAUGUCAAGCAUGGACAUUCCUUGAAAGCAAAAGUGAAGUAAAAUAAAUGACAGCAGGCCCCUGAGCUCUGCCAGAGUCUUAGGGAUUGCUAAAUGCUACCGAUUCGCGAACGCUGUGCGUUUGUCAGACCGUCAUCCAAAGGGUCAACAAAUCAGAAGGCAAAUUACUGUAUAAGUUAUGCAGAGUUAUUUUUCCCUAUAUCUCACAGUUUUAAAAGAAAGAUUAAAUGAAACGAGUUGACCUCGGUCACAAAUGCAGGUUUGUUUUUUACUAUCAGCUCAGUUGUUUGUGGGUUGUUUUUUUGUUUUUGUUUUUAAUGUAAUUUGUACAUCUUUUCAAUCUGUACAUUUGGGCUGUAGCUUUGUACUUUUGGCUAAAAAAAAAAAAUAAAAAAUAAGACAUGAGUAAUGUAUCUGUUGGAGAUAGCCUUGGUCCUGCAAUUGGAUCCAUAAUUGGCCCCCCAAAGUAGCCAGAAACCUUUCAGAUUUCCCUGGGUUUGUCUAGAGUAGAGUUUUUUCUUGUACUAGCCUGUCAUAGCUGUCUGCAAAUUAACUCCAUUUAGCUAACAUGUUUGCAUGAAAGCUGAUUGAAAACAUGUACCAGCAUUUUAAAGCAACUAUUUAAAUAUUUGGGAUUGUUUUUCACCAAAAUCUUGACCUUCAGAAUGAUCUUAACCACUUCACAGAUAAAAUUAUCAAAUAUUUCUCAUAACAUCUUUUCAAAAAUUUUCACUAGGAGUUUUCAUUUAAAUUUUAAACAUUCAAAUAUUCUCAGCCAUCUCUAAUUUUGCACAUGUUAAUUUGAUGAUCCACAAAUGGUGGUUUGGUGCCAUAAACAGAAGGGUAAACCACAAGCAUUUGUGUUUUAGAACAGAUGUCUAUAGGGGGGGUGAGACUUACAUGUACAACCUAUUAGCUAACUUGUAUUAACUGGCAACCAAUUAACAGGAUCACAAAUAUCUAGUCUAGACACAACCUCUGGGACUCUGUGUGGGUGCAGGAUUUGGUCCAUGUGCAUCCGAUUGCAGGAUGAGAGCCUGAAACCAGAACAUUAUAACUUUAACUCAUAACUUUAAACAGAAGCACUGAUGCCAUUAUUUAACAAAAUGGAGAAAUAAGAUCAAGCUAAUCAGUUUAGGUCUUAGUGCUUUCGGGAUGUUUAUAAGUAACAUUACUGCAAUAAUCGCAAAAUUUAAGUAUGAAGAAAUUACCCAUGGAAAUGGGGCUUUUGCUACUAUAUAUAUGCAAUGUACUUUUGGAUAUUAAAAUAUAUAUAAUUUUGCAAGCUAUCGGUGUUUUUUAAAAAAUGUAUUAAGUGUUACAAUGAAACUGUUGUAUGAAGAGGAAGAUGUAAAAAAAUGUGACAAAAUAAAUGGUGGUUUUCUUCUCUAAGGCA